GUGCUCAACAAAGAAUACACGGACACACAGUCACUCUUUGCCGCCUGGACAGAUUCAUCACUUGUUAACACAAUCAGAAGCUGCGACCUGAAACAGCAAAGUAAUCCUCACCACCUGAUAGCCAAGACACCGUGAUGUGCGGAGCGGAGGUCAUCCCAAACGGCCAUGGUCGCCCCGGCCAAGACCCGUCUCCGGGGAAGAGGAAAAUGCGCGGUAGCAGGCUCGCGGAUGAGGAUUUUGAAGCCUGGGAGGCCGAGUUCCAGGAGUUCAUGGCCGCCGCCGACGACGAGGAGGACAUUGAGCCGUUCUUGCCAGGUGUCCCGGCGGAGUCCUGCAAGCCGGAGCACCGUUCGCCGGUCAUUGCGAAGCCAAAGCGGCGUAGGGUGAGUCCUAGCCACCCGUACCGCGGCAUCCGGCAGCGAGCAUGGGGGAGGUGGUCGGCGGAGAUCCGUGACCCCACCAAGGGCGUCCGCGUCUGGAUCGGCACCUUCGACACCGCCGCGGACGCUGCGCACGCCUACGACGCCGAGGCGCUGCGCAUCCACGGCACGAAGGCCAGGACCAACUUCCCUGCUGGCACGGCGGCGCCGGCACCGGCGCCGCGCAGUCAACUUCCUGGGAUGUCUCCUUGCAGAGCCGUCUGCGGCAGGGACAACGUAGCCCGUGCGCCGGAGAGUGCCUCGACGUCGUCGUCGUCCGAGGUCUGCAGCAACGCCCCGGCGCGCAUACUGUUGGAGUGCUGCUCGGACGACGUGAUGGAGAGCCUCCUCGCCGGCUCCGACAUGGCAGGCACCAUCGACUUGUGGAGCGUCCGUUUGUCAACCUAAUAAUUCAUGAAAUAACGGGACCUGGUAAGCGGAUUCUAGUAGCAUACGUUGCAAUUACAUACAGACAACGUUUGUUGCUGCUUUCUUAUUCGUUUUUGUUUGUGUGUUAACAAGGGAAGGGACAGUUUGGUUUGAUGCUUGUAUAAUUCCACAGAUCGAUCUGUUCAAAUCCGACGAAUUGUACGGUUCAGAAACUCUGCGCUUUCAGAGGUGUGUGUACCGUAGAAUUCAGCAACUUGUGCCACUUUGUGCUUUACUUUCGAAUUUUGAUCCCAUUCUUUUUGGAGAAUGCUUGAUGUGUGUGCCUGCAAA